AUGAGCCAUUCGCUUAAGCGCCUCUUGAACCCCACGGGGAGCGGCGGGGAUGACGACGAAAAUCUCUGGCAGGAUGAUUACGCGCGGACUCGUCCGAGAAUCGAGGGGCCUGAGAAUUGGUCAUUCACCACAACCGGAGACACCAGUUUGGGCUCAUACUCGUACCCCGACACAGCAGCAACAACAGUUUCAGGAUUCGAACCAAACACAUUCGGGAAUGUCUUCGAUACCCAGAACAUGUUGUUUGUCGACCACGACCAGUAUGCCUCUGGAUCGAGCCAGGAAGUCGACAUGGACCCGAUGAUGCUUGACCAAACCUCAUUCUUGCAGGCCCCCUCAGACAGCGCGGCGCUUAGCGCGACAUCGUAUACCAGUUCGACACCCAUCGAGUUUGCCGACGAUCAGUACACGAGCGCGGAUGUCUCGAUGUGGGAUGGCGAGGUUGGCGAUGCCGGCCAGAUGCAGGAAGGAGGUGAGCUUUUAUGCUAUGGAAUGCUCCUCCGCGAACGGGUCCGCCUCGUCGGCCGAGGCACCGAGCUGCAAGAAAAAAUAAUCAAACUCCGCGACAGCAACACGUGGAACCCGAGAUUCUCCAUCCGGCAAUCGAGCAGCGGCGAGCUGUUCCUGGCCUUCCCCGACGGCACCGACUUCGGGCGCCUCUCCGAGAAAAUGGUCAAGGCGCUGCACAAGCUGAUGUCCAUCCCGCAAUUCGAAGUCGAGGCGCACGCGGACCUGAACACGAUUAUCCAGGCGCUGCGCGCGGUCAAGGCUGCGGAGGCGGCGAUCCGCGUUGAUGUUAAUGUUUAUGGCGGCGAGGGGAGUAGGGAUCGCGUGGGCUGGGAGUUGUCGAAGAAGGGGCUGUUUUUGCAGGAGCCGGAUGUUAAACGGGAUGGGACGAGGUAUGAUAAUCCGCAUCUUUUGCGGUUGGACGGGAUGGAUGAUGGGGAGAGUGAGGAGGAGAGAGAUGGAGUUGAGGCCGAGGGUGAGGGUGAAGCUGAAGGUGGGGAGGAGGAGGAGGCGCCGCCUGAGCGCGAUGCGGACUUUGAUGAGACGAUCGCAGAGGUUUAUCGGAAUUUGAGGCGCGGGGAUGGGUUGACGAGGCUUGAGGGGGGUAAGAAUUUGAGCAAGGCUCUGUAUCCACACCAAGCAGAAGCAUUGGACUUUAUGACACAGCGCGAAACGGGGAAUAUCGCGGACGAGUAUCGGCUGUGGAAGCGCCAACUAGUUGGAGGGGAGCAAAAGUACCGCCACGUUAUCACCGACCUCGAAGAGCCCGAAGAGCCUGACGAGAGCGGCGGUGGCAUUCUUGCUGAUGAGAUGGGCAUGGGCAAAUCAUUAACCACGCUUGUGCUGAUAGGCAAGACGAUGCCAGAUGCACAUCAGUGGGUUCAGCACCAGAACCAUCUUCAGGGCGUCACUCUAGCAGAGAAGCCUUGUCGGGCGACACUGGUUGUUGUUCCUUCAAGAGUCCUGAUCAACACCUGGAUAAAGGAGAUUGAUAGCCACCUAAAAGCCAGUCUCAAGGUCUUGAUCUACCACGGCCGGUCACGCAAAGAAGCCAUCCAAAAGGCCGAAGACUACGAUAUCGUCAUCACCACCUACAACACACUCGCCAAAGAGCACGCUCCAAAACUCAUGGGCGGACCCAAAAGCCCUCUGCACGAAUACGCCUGGUACAGAGUCGUCCUCGACGAGGCCCACAUGAUCCGCCGCCGUGAAACCACCUUCCACCGCGCCGUCAUCGAGCUCCCCGCCAAAAUCCGAUGGUGUCUCUCCGGAACGCCCAUCCAAAACACCCUCGACGACCUGGGCUCCCUCCUCGCAUUCAUCCACAUCCGCCCCUUCCACGACCCGCGCAUCUUCCGCCACUGGAUCUCCAGCCCCUUCAGCACACGGGACGUAAAGCCCCGCGCCAUAAAGCGCCUCACCACCCUCCUCGAAGCAAUUUGUCUCCGCCGCACAAUCUCCAAAAUCGCCCUCCCCUCCCCCGUAGAGAUCAUCCGCACCGUCCGCCUCACGCCCCUCGAGCGCGAACAGUACACCCUCACCUACGCGGACAUGCACCGCCUCCUGGCACAGCAAGCAGGCGAAUACAAGGAGAAGGCCUCGACCUUUGGCACAUUCCAAAUCUGGCUGCAGCUGCGCAGCUUCUGUAACCACGGGACCUUCCAGCCGCGGUUCUCGUGGGCGAAGCGGAAUCUCGUUGCGGACGAGAUGGACAGCGUGCGCUCGCUGACGCGGGAUAGCUGGGACCGAUGCCUGACCUGCCGCGAGCCGUUGCCGAUUACCGCGCGUGAUCGGCGCAGCAAGUAUGUGGAGAAUUGUAAGCACGUUCUCUGUGAGAACUGUUCCAAGGGCGUGAUUCGGGGGCCGAGGGAGGAUGGGCGCGUGCAUUGUCCUGUGUGUGAGUCGCUGGGGAGGUCGAGUGAGGGCGAGGAUACGCGGGAUAAUUAUUUGCUUCGCGAGGGGUUUUCGUCCAAGAUGCAGGCGCUUGUGGAGGAUGUGAGGAGGGAUCUGGAUACUAAGAAGAGCAUCAUCUUUUCCUGCUGGACACGAACCCUCGACCUCAUUUCCCAGCACUUGAAGAACGCAAACAUCAAGUUCGAACGCAUCGACGGGAAAACCCUCUCCACGCAGCGCCAGAGGAUCCUCGAUAGAUUCGACGAUUCCGGAGCAGUUCCUGUGCUGAUUAUGACGACGGGGACUGGAGCUUUUGGGCUAAACCUCCAAUCCGUAAACCGCGUCUUCAUCGUCGAGCCGCAGUGGAACCCCAGUGUGGAGAGCCAGGCGAUCGCGCGUGCUAUUCGACUCGGUCAGGAGCAGCAGGUUCUUGUUACAAGGUAUCGCGUCGAGGAUAGUAUUGAAGAGGAUAUGUGCUCGCAGCAGAUGCAGAAGCUGGAAAUCAGUAAGAUGAACUUCUCAAGUAAUAUACAGGAGACUCAAGACAUCGCGAAUGGGGGUUUGGUUCAGUGA